AUGAAAUAUUUUAAAAUAGAUUAUAACGGUAUAAUUAAUAAAUAAAAAAAUAUUAAAUUUAAUAAAUUAACAACAAAAUAAUAAACUCUUAAAAUAUAUAAAAAAAUUGUCUUAAUUUCUAUCUUAAAUAUUAAAAGAACUAGACUUAUUUAGAAGUCCAAUAGGUCUUCAUAUGAAUAAUUCCUUUUUCUAUAAAACAAGUAUUGGAGGUUUGGUUUCUAUAUUUUGUAUAAUAUUUAUAGGAAUAUUUUUUUCUUCUUCAAUAGAUAAAUUUAUACAAAGAUAGUAUGUAUAUGUAUCUACAAACAAGUAUAUGAUCCUAAUCCUCCAAAAUCAUAUAUGAAUUCAUAAAGAUUUAUGAUAGCAUUAAAUAUAUAUUAAGAUGAUAGAAACUUUAUUGAAAGGCCGUAUUUUAAUAUUACAAUGCUAUUAGGCAAUUAUGUAAGAGAAAAAGAUAUAUACAAAAGAGAUAAAAUAGAAUUAUAAUUAGAGUAAUGUACAGAAGCUCAUUGGUAAAAAAUAAGUAAAGAAAAAGAUUUUGUUGAAGAAUAUAAUAAUUUAGGAAAAGAUUAUUUAUGUCCAUCUAUGGAUAAUGAUAUUUAUAUAUAAGGUAUGUUUGCUUCUACAAUAUUUAAUUUUAUUUAAAUUGUUGUUUCUGAGUGUAAAAAUUCAACUAGUCCAAAUGCUUCUAAUAAUCGUAAAUGGAAUCCUAUUUGUGCUCCAAAUGAUCUUGUUUAAAGUAAAUUAAAAUCUAAAGGCAAUUUCGGAUUAUCUAUUUUCCAUAAUAAUUAUGUUUUAAAUGUAGAUUAACCUUAAAAUUAUUACACCGAAUUUUUGAAUGAUAAACUCUAUUAUACAUUUAUUCCUUAAAAAAUGACUAAAUUAUCUGAUAUUUAUUUUCAAGAUAUAGUUGUUGAAAACGAUGAAUCUCUUCUUCCUUUUGUCGAUAUUUAAUAGCGAAAUUUUCUCAUUUAAGAAAAUAACGAUUAACAUGAGACUAUAGAAUUGGAAAGGAAAGACGGGAAAUAUGUUGUUGCAACAUUUAGAAAAAGCCCUUAUGUUACCAAAAUAUCAAGAUAAUAUAAAAAAUUGAGUUAAUUAAUGAGUGAAUUAGGUGGUUUUGUUUAAAUAAUUUUUAUUGUUUUUGGAAUUUUUAUGACUAGAUAUAAUAAUACUAAUUUUACUAUGGAUUUAGCUAAUAAAUUGUAUAUUUUUGAAGACUUAAAUAAACAAAAAAAUGAGAAAAAAAAUUAACACAUGAACCUAGAUUAUUAAAAAGUGAAAAAUAAAGUUAGGAAAGUAGUUUAUAAGAUAACUAGAAAAGAUCCUAUAUUUUAAUAAUAUAUGUAAAAAGAGUUAGAAAAUAAACAAAGUUUAACUGAAUUUUAAUAAAUCUAAUAAAAAAGUAAAAAAGAAUACUUAAUAGCCUAAUUUAAUAAAAUUUUAAUGAAAAAAGAUAAAAUAUAAUUAGGAAUAUCAUAUUAUUUAUCUAAUUUAACAUUCAAUUUGUUAUUUUAUUCUAAACAAAAUUAAUAUAUAUAAAAAGCAUCUUAACUUAUGCAUUAAGAUUUAGAUAUAAUAAAUAUUUUAGAUAAAAUUCAAUAAAUAGAUAAAAUAAAAAAUAUUCUUUUGGACAAAGAUUAAUAGAAAAUAUUUAAUUUUAAUGAAAAGCCUAAGAUUAAAUUCAAAUAAAAAUUUGAUAUUGAUAAAAUGGAUUUAAAAAACAUAUAAUAAAUACUAACAAGUAAAGUUAAUUAAAGUAAAGAAAUAUAAUAAUAAAAUAAAUCUGCUUUAGAAACCAGUUAACCUCUAAAAAGAAGUAUUACAGCAAAUAUAAAUGGAUUAAUAACUUAAAAAGUAGAAUUCGAUACUUUAGAUUCUUAUAAAAAAUUAUAUAAUUCUUAUUAUAAUUUAUAAAAUGAAAAUACUAUAGGAAUUAAAAGAGAGUAAAAUAUAAAAUUAUUUUAUUUAUAUACAUUUUAAAAAAUAAUCAAUAGGAUUAAUAUGAGAUUAAUAAAAGGAUUAGGUGAAUAACUUCUAUAAAUUUUCAAUUUAUCGGAUUCUAUUCGGAAACGAUAUUCACAAUAUUAAAAUAUUGAAAAUAAAAAUAAUUUAGGAAAAAACUAUGAAACAUUACCUUUUGAUGAUGUUAUUCUUUCUAAAAGAACUUCAAAUUAAUCACCAUAAACUUCAAUUUAAAAUAAUAAAUAAAUUUUAUUUAUUAAAAAAGGGAAUAAUAGUAUUUUUUAUGAUGAAAAUAAAUCCAUAAGAAACUCAUUUUUUGAUGUUAAAAAAGUUAAUUAAAAAAAUGAAACAAUUACUUAAAGAAACACUAAUCAAAUUAUAAGAAAUGUAAGUUUUUAAAAUCAAAAUGAUAUAGAUGUUACUGAUGAGGAAUUUUAGACUAAAGGGAAUUAUAUUAAAAAUAUUUCCGAACUUAAUUACUUAUCCUAGAAAUAUGAUAGUAAACAUAAAAAAUUUAGUAAAGAAGUUUUCUUUGAUGUAAAAGAUGAUUGA